AUGGAUCGCAUCUAUGUCAUCAAUCAGGCAGUGGCCAUCGUGCUGUGCUCGCUCAUCGCCAUCGCUCUGGCCGGCGCUGUGGCUGAAGGUGGCUAUGGCGGUGGCGUGGGCACCGGUGUGGGCGGCAGCGUUGUGCUCCUCAAUGGCGGCGGCCAUGGCCACGGAAAAACUGUGCUGGGGCCUUCGUUCCUUGUCAAGACGGUUCACCAUGUGAACAAAGUCAGCUCUGGAGGCGCGUUGGUGGCACAUUCGGGUCUGAGCGGUACAAGUUCGAACGGUGGAUAUGGCAAUGGCGGCCUCGUCUACGUGCCCGUCUACGGUCUAGGCCUCGGAGGCUUGGGAGGUGUUGGAUCUCUCGGAGGCUAUGGAGGCUAUGGAGGCUAUGGUGGCUAUGGAGGCUAUGGAGGCCACGGUGGAUGGUAG